CCUGACCGGUUAAUCAUGAAAACGCCACCGUUCUAUGAACCAAACAGUAAAAUUUAUUUUCUCUCUCCUUCUUCUAUCGACGACAUUUCACCAGCAAGAAGAGAAAAAGAACGAACUUUGCGUUAGAUCUAAGAGAAACAUAAAGAACAACAAUAGUAUACAUUUUAACACACAAUCUUCUUUACCAACUAAGCAAUUGCCACGAAACAAACAGCUUCUAAUCUCCACUGCGCGGCACACCAAUUAUAGAUCGAAGAAGCCGAAUCAAAAGGAGGAUCUAAUGGUGAUUGAGAGUUGGAGAAGGGAGAAGGGUUUGAUUGGAUAGGAGUAAGCGUGGGUUCGAAAAACGGAGUGGAUUUGAUGGACAAGAAUAAAAGCCGUACCGAUCUGCUCGCUGCUGGUCGUAAAAAGCUUCAACAAUAUCGUCAGAAAAAAGAUGGUAAAGGUAGUAGCAGCCAUGGAAAAUCCUCAAAAAAAUCUAGCAAAUCUGAGCAGCAUGAAUCUGACGCUGAUACUUUAAACGCCACAGCCCUACCUCAAGUUCUUCAAGGGGAAAAGGAAAAUAACCUUGAUUCCGAUGUGGGAGUUAUAGUUUCUGCCCUAUCUCAUUCUACUGAGGAUUCAGUAGUUCCUGAUGCUAAUAUUAUGCCGAUUGACCCACUGCCAAUUUUGAUAACACCUGAAUCCUCAUUGGCUGAUAAUACCAAUAUGGAUAAGGAGGCAGUGGAAGUUUAUGAGGAUGUUGUCGACUCCUUGAACCCUAAUGUUGGGGAAAGCAUUAAUGUUUCAGCUCCUCCUGCCAGGGUUGAGAUUCGAUAUGAUAACAUUGUUACAGAUGAAGUGGAGAGCAGAAAUAGGGAGGAGGAUUCAUUUCCAUCUCAAGAAGAUUCCCCUGAUAUGUCCUUGACUCAUGCAAGGGGAGAUCAGGUAACAGAUGUAGGGGCAAUGCAGGAAGAUGAUGUUUUGGGCUUGAAGCAAUUUGGUGCUGACCAUGUCAUGGCACUUGAAAGAGAUGGGAGAACUGCUUUGACUGAGCAAGGUAAUGAUGCUGAAAUUGUAGAAAUGGCAGCUUCAGAACAGGCUGUCACGGAAGAUAGCGCCUCUCAACUGAAGCAAAAUGAUGGUGCAGGUGAUGGAUCUGCUUCUGCUAGUGCUAUGGACGUGUUAGAUGGGUUUCAAGGAUCUACUAUGUCUUCUCCAGUGGCAGAUGGAACUUUUGGUGUUGUUCAUGAAGUGGCAAAUCAACCAGGGGAAGUCGAUCAUGUGGGUGCAUCUAAUGCAGAAGAUUCUGAGACGUUGUCUGAGACUGGUCAUUUUGGAGAAAACAAGAAAGAUAGUCAAGCUAAUAGAACUGUGGAGGCCUGUAAGCUACAACAUAUGCCUGAGGAGUCUUUUAUUUUUGUGGAUAAAAGCCACGAGGACUCUCUUUUCACUAAAUUGCCAAAUUCAAAUGAUGAAUGCACUGCAUGUUCUCCUGCUGAUGUGCGCCCAAUCAGCUUCUCACAGCUAAUUGAGGCGAUCAAACAGCUCAAUGAAGAUGAGUAUAAGUUGCUUCUUCUGUCAAGAGAAUCAACUGGUAGUUCGAUGUCAUUGCAGCAUGAUCCUCCCGUUUUACUGGAGAAACUCAGUGAAGAAUUAUUUCUCACAAGUUGUGUGAAGGAUAUCCUGCACUUGCAACUCACUGAACAGUCAAAUCUGCAAACUGAAUAUGAUCACCAGUUUCAGCAAUUGGAUGGUGAAAUAUCUGUGCUACGAGUUUCUUUCAAUGAAGCUCGUGAUAAAUGUGACUCCCUUGCUGAAGAACUUGCAGAAUGUAGGUCUGAACUCCAGGCUAGCAUUAGUGGGAGGGAGGAGCUCCUACUCCAGUUUCAUGCGGCUAAGGCUGAGGUUGAGGAAGUUUCUACCCGAGCAAACAAGUUGCAUAACUCUCUGGAAAGGUCUCAAUCAGAUUUAUUAACCCUGUCAAAGGAAUCAGCUGACUCUAAGGAUUUGGUGGGGACACUACAUGCAGAAAAUGAGAACUUGAAUCAGAUUAUUGCUUUGCUGACUGAGGAGAAAAAGAAACUUGUAGAUGAAAAAAACGCUUGUCUCAGUGAGAAUGAGAAGCUGAAGAAGGAGUUAGCUGACUGCAAAAAUCGGGUGGCAGCCUUGCAGGUGGAAAGUUCCAAUUUAAGUGGAACUCUUGCUUCAGUGACAGCAGAUUGCAAGAAGUUUGAAAAGGAGAAGGAGUCUUGUGCUAAUGGAAAUGAGAAACUGUCUAUUGAAUUGUCUGAUUUUAAAGAUUUGAUGGAGUCUCUACAGGUCGAAAAUGUCAAUUUAAGGGUGGAGCUUGCUAUUGCAACAGAGGACAGAAUGAAACUUGAAGAGGACAAAGAUUAUUCGGUUCAUGAAAUGGAGAGACUUUCAUCUGAGCUUCUUGUUCUUCGUGAGAGGUUAACUAAAGAUCAUGGAGAUUUCAAGCAGUUGGAGUUUGAGCUAAAAGAAGUGAUAACACGGCUUGAACAGCUAACUGAGGAGAACAUGUUUCUUAAAAGCAGUUUAGAAAUACAUAAAGCUAAGAUAAAGGAAAUCAAUGACAUGCAAGCCCAAAGAUCAUCAGUAGGGGAAGCUCAAAAUAAAGUUGGGAUCUUGGAACUACAGAGCAGAGGCUGUGAAAGUGAAGCUGUUUAUGAUCAGUCACAUGAAAAGCAUGGAAAGCAAGAUGCUGAAGCUACUGAGAAGUCCUUGCAUGAUGCCUUUUCAGGAGUCCCACCACACAAGUCAUUUGAGCUGGAAGUUCUUGAUGAUUCUUUGGGGUUUGUAGUCUUGAAAGGACGAUUGGAGGAGGGAGAAAAAGUGCUGCAAAAACUUGAGAAAGGAAUUGAAGACAUGAAUUCUCAUGCAGGAUUCUUGAGUAGAUCUAGUAGUAAAGUGGCAGCUCCGGCUGUAUCGAAACUGAUUCAAGCUUUUGAGUCAAAGACGCACCAUGAAGAGCACGACACGGAGGAAGCAGCCUUGACAGAGGAUCGAUCAUCAUUGGCUGAUCCAUUUGCAUCAACAAAAGAGCAUGCAGGAAAUUUGAAGGCUGUGCUUAAGCAGUUAGCACUGGAUGCUGUAAAUGCCAGUUUAUUGUUCAAGGCAGAGCGAGAUGGUACUGAUGCUGCUAAUGUCACAAUCAAGGAGCUCAAGUUUCAGUUUGAAGCCAUGGAGAGACACACUGACAAUUUAGAAGCAACAAACAUUCAGUUUGGGGUUCUUUAUGAAGCCAUGAAGCAACAUGUUUUUGUUGUUAAUGAAAAGAAUGAAGAGCUUGAGGGUCUUUAUGAAAUUCUGAAGCAACAAAACAGUAAUCUCAAAGCAGAAAACAGUGAACUUCUUGAAAAAUUGUCCAUUUGUGAAUUACAGAUUAAUGAUAUGCAGAGUAAUUUUAAUGAUUUACGGUUAAGUUCAGAUGAGCUGGCUUCUGUACUUCGUGGUCAACUGGAAAAUCUUCAGGAGGAAGCGGCUGAUAGGGUAGUUGAAGCGGAGAAGGAGUGGAACUCUACUGUUGCUCAAAUUAUUGAAGCAGUCAAGAGGCUUGAUGACUCCACUGGGUUUCCGGCUUCUCCCAUCAUAACAAGUGGUGGUCAUGGUUCUGCGGACAUAAGUAGCCAUGCUACUUCUUCUAUUAAUGCAGCUAUUAAGACCAUUGAGGACCUGAAGGAGAAACUUGAGGUGGCUAGCUCAGACCAUGAAGCAACCCUUAAUUUAUUAAAGGAAGUGAAUGAGAAGUAUAGUGAGUUACUUGGGAAGAAUGUAUUAACCAGUGGCACAUUGGAUAGACUGUAUUGUGAUCUUAGGAAACUAGUGAUAGAUUUAUGUAGUUCUGAGGGUGGCAACGAGAUUGGUUUACAAGAUGAGAAAUUGCUUGAUCCUGCAGAUUACAAUAUCUAUAAAACUCUUACGGAGCAAUUGGAGAAUGCUCUGGCUGAGAGGCUGCAGCUUCAGUCUGUCAACAGAAAGCUUAAUUUGGACUUGAUGAGUAGAACAGAAGAUGUUGAAGAAUUGAACAGAAGAUGUUCUGAUAUAAGGUCCAUUGAGAAGUUAAUAGAAUAUGUCGAGGGUGUAGUUAAAGUGGAGGACAGUGAGGUGGAUUUAGAUGGCCCACCUAUUACACGUCUUCAGUCAUUGUUGUCUUCCCUUGUUCGUAAAUACAAGGAGGCUGAUGAGCGAGUUAGCUCUUCCAAGGUGGAGGAAUUGACAGAACUGCGGGAAAAAAUACAUCAGUUGACUGCCUUGAAACUUCAGCAAGAAACUGAAAUUCUUCUUCUUAAGGAACACUUAGGCCAGGUUGAAGGUGCCCUUUCUCAUAUGCAAUCUGAAUUACAGGAGAAACUGAGUGAACUUGAGCAGUCAGAGCAAAAGGUAGCUUCAGUUAGAGAGAAGCUUGGCAUUGCUGUUGCUAAGGGGAAAGGGUUGGUAAAGCAGCGUGACAGUCUCACACGGUCGCUUUCAGAGAGAUCCAGUGAAUUGGAAAGAUGCUCCCAAGAGUUACAAUUGAAGGAUGCCAGAAUGAACGAGCUAGAAACUAAACUGAAGACUUUUUCAGAGGCAGGUGAGCGUGUUGAGGCUCUGGAAUCUGAGCUUUCAUACAUUCGCAACUCUGCUACUGCAUUAAGAGAAUCAUUUCUUCUCAAAGAUUCUGUGCUUCAAAGGAUAGAAGAGAUUUUAGAAGAUCUAGAUCUGCCAGAGCAUUUUCAUUCAAGAGAUAUAAUUGAGAAGGUUGAUUGGCUAGCCAGGUCAGCGACUGGAAACUCUUUGCCCCCAGCUGAUCUGGACCAGAAGGGUUCUGUGGGCGGUUCGUAUUCUGAUGCUGGUUUUGUCAUGAUGGAUGCCUGGAAGGAGGAUGUACAGCCUAGCUCAAAUUCAGGAGAUGACUUGAGAAGGAAAUAUGAGGAUCUUCAAGGCAAAUUUUAUGGAUUGGCUGAACAAAAUGAAAUGCUGGAACAGUCAUUGAUGGAAAGGAACCAGUUGGUGCAAAGAUGGGAAGAACUAUUGGACAGGAUCGAUAUGCCCGCACACCUGCGGUCUGUGGAACCAGAGGAUAGGAUUGAGUGGCUAGGAAGUGCAUUUUCGGAGGCUAACCAUGAUAAGAAUUCUCUGCUGCAGAACAUUGGUAAACUCGAAGACCAUUGUGGAUCACUAGCUGCAGAUUUGGAAGAGUCUCAAAAGAGAAUAUCUUCCUUGAAUGCUGAGUUGAAGGAAUCUCAGAAGAGAAUAUCUGACCUUGAGAAGGAUAUUCAAGCAGUUAUCCAAGAGAAAGAGAACCUGUCUGAAAGAGUGGAGAUUCUCAACUGGGACCAUGAGAAACUUUCAGCAAAGGCAGUGCAGCUUGCAUUCAACAACGAAAAUCUGCAGAAUGAGGUUACUGAUUUGCAGAACCAAUUGGUUCAAAAGCUUGGGAAUGAGGAGCAUAUUCAGAGAAUUGAUGGCGAGAUAUGCAGACUGCAAGAUUUGGUUUGUGAUGCACUGAAGGAUCCUGGUGUGAAAGACUCGAAAUCUGGUGGAGAUAAUAUUGAAUGUUUAGAAGGAUUACUGAUGAAGCUUGUAGAGAAAUGCACAACUCCUUCUGUUGAAGAGCACCAUGCUGAAGAAGCUGAUGCAGAUUUCUAUAAAGGGAGAACUAGAGCUAUCCAGGAUGAUCUGGUAUCUGAUGUAGCUCUUCUGAAGAGAGAUGUAGUGGAUAGUGCUGAACCAAAUGUGGAUGUUCUGAAGAAACAGCUGGAGGAGACUUUGAGUGAGCUAAUAUAUGUGAAGGAGGAAAGAGAUAGUUAUAUGGAGAAGCAACAAUCUUUGGUUUGUGCAGUUGAAGCACUUGAAAGACAAAGAGUGGAGUUGCAAGAGCUACUCAGUCAAGAGGAGCAGAAGUCUACUUCUUUAAGGGAGAAGUUAAAUGUUGCAGUUAGAAAAGGAAAGUCUUUGGUUCAACAACGUGAUAGUCUGAAAAAAAUGACUGAAGAGUUGACUACUGAGUUGGAGCACCUGAAAUCUGAGAUUAAGCACUGUGAAAAUGCUCUUACAGACUACAAAUUGAAGAUGAGAGACUUAACUAGUUUCUCUGAAAGGGUAGAAGCCCUUGAAUCUGAGAAUUUGGUCAUGAGGAAUCGUAUGGCUGAAAAUGAUAGUAUUUUACGGGAGAAAGAACAUAUUCUUUCCAUGAUUUUGAAUGCUCUAGGAGAUUUUGAUGUCGGUGGUGAAAUUUAUAACAGUGAUCCGAUAAAGAAGUUGGAACACGUCGGGAAACUAUGCCGUGAUUUGCAUGCUGCUGUGGCUUCUUCUGAGGAAGAGUCUAGAAAAUCUAGAAGAGCAGCAGAACUAUUGCUCGCAGAACUGAAUGAGGUUCAAGACAGGAAUGACAACCUCCAAGAUGAGCUAGCCAAAGUCACUGCUGAACUUACACAACUCUCCAAAGGUAGGGAUGUCGCAGAGGCUGCCAAAUUUGAAGCUCUUUCACGUUUUGAAAAGUUAUCCUUGGUUCGCACUGAGGAGAAAAACAAAAGAAAUUCUGAACUUGUCUUGUUAAAAUCUGCUGCAAAUCAACUCAGGAAGAGCUUCUUUGACAUCACUGUUUUACUAUCUGCCUUUUUCUCUGAAGACUUGGAAUUUCUGCAAAAUCUUGAGUCUGGUGUGGUGUCAUGCCUUCAAACAGUAGAGGCUGAUCAUGGGGUUCAAAUGCCUCUUUUUAGUGCAUCUGAUGGCAUUACUUCUAGUCCUUCACAAAACAAGGUAAAUUUCAUGGCUGUGGAUUUUUCAUCAGUAACAACUGUUACAGACCAUUUCGAUGAUGAUUUUAUUAUUGAAGUGUGUAAAUUUUUGCAAGAAGUCAUUAAACAAAUUGCUGCCAUUAACGUAAUAUUACACGAACACUCAGUUACAUUUCACCAACAAGCUAACAAUGUCUCCAAACUAAUGGUGUCCAUUCAAAGAGGCAUCACUUCCCAAAAAGAAUCAUUUGAGACCAUGCAGAGAGACAUUAAACUUAAAGAAUCAGCCGGAAUAGAAAAAGAUAUGGAAAUUGUUGUACUGCGCAGGAACAUGGCCUUGCUUUAUGAAGCCUGUUCCAGUUCACUCAUGGAAAUUGAAAACAGAAGAUCGGAAUUUGCAAAUUCUUUGACACUUGGAGAUCAAGGGAUGAACUUGAAACCCUCAACAUUUGGUGACGGUGGCCUUCAUUUUGGUGGAGAGAGUAAUUUUUCAUCUGAGCAACAUGUCAAGGAUAUAGCAGAAAAACUGCUAUUGUCUGUGAAGCAAUUUGCUAGCUUAAAAUGUGAGAUUACAGAGGGCGACAAUAAAGAAAUGAAAAUCAUAAUAUCAAAUUUGCAGAAGGAGCUUCAGGAGAAGGACAUUCAGAGAGAGAUGAUUUGCAAGGAUCUCGUUAGUCAAAUUAAGCAAGCCGAAGCUGCUGCAACAAGCUGCUCCAUAAAUCUUCAGUCCACAAAAUCUCAUGUGAAAGAUUUGGAGAAAAAGGUUGAAAUGAUCAAAGAUGAAAGGGAUCUAUUGCAGCAAAAAGUGAAGGAGCUUCAAGAUCAGAAAACCACCUCAACAGAGUUACAGGAGAAAGUGAAAUCGUUGACGGAUAUACUGUCUGCCAAAGACCAAGAAAUUGAAGCCCUCAUGCAAGCUCUUGAUGAGGAGGAGGUGCAGAUGGAAUAUUUAACAAAAAGAGUUGAUGAAUUGGAGAAAGUUGUGCAGCAAAAGAAUUUAGAUGUGGAAAACCUUGAAGCUUCUCGUGGGAAGGCUGUGAAAAAGCUCUCCAUCACUGUGAGCAAGUUUGAUGAGCUUCAUCAUUUUUCUGAAAGUCUCCUUGCAGAGGUUGAAAAGCUUCAGUCACAGUUGCAAGAUCGUGAUGGUGAGAUCUCAUUCUUAAGACAAGAAGUCACUAGAUGCACAAAUGAUGCUAUUGUUGCAUCUCAGACGAGCAAUAAAAGAAAUUCAGAUGAGAUCUGUGAGUUAUUGACAUGGCUAGCCACACUGGUUUCUGUAGAUGUCAAUCUUCAUGAUAGUAGUCAGGUUCACGAAUGCAAAGAAAUAAUUCGGAAAAAGAUCACUUUAAUUAUGUCUGAAUUAGAGGAUCUACGGGUAGCAGCUCAAACUAGGGAUGCUUUAUUGCAAAUGGAAAGGAGUAAAGUAGAGGAUUUGACACGCAGAGAAGAAAAUCUUCAGAAGUCUUUGCGUGAGAAAGAAUCCCAGUUAGAUAUGCUUGCAGUUGCUGGAGAAUUGGGGCAGCCAACCAGUUCAAACUCUGAAAUUAUUGAAGUGGAACCUGUGAUAAACAAAUGGACGGUAUCUGGGCCCUCCACUGCUUCUCAAGUUCGCAGUUUACGCAAAGUCAAUAAUGAUCAAGUUGCUAUCGAUAUUGACAAGGAUCGCAGAGGCAGUAGUAGGCUAGAGGAUGAAGAUGACGAAAAAGUUCAUGGUUUCAAGUCACUUACUACAUCCAGAGUUGUCCCAAAAUUUACAAGACCUGUAACUGACAUGAUUGAUGGUCUAUGGGUUUCUUGUGAUAGGGCACUAAUGCGACAACCCGGCUUAAGGCUUGGUAUUAUGAUCUAUUGGGCAUUAUUGCACGCAUUGCUUGCAACUUUUGUGGUUUGAGCAGCCAAACUGGUUCUCAUAUAUUCUGAAGGCAAGGUGGUUGCAAAUUCCCGUCCAGUAUAUGACCCUAAUGGAUUUUGAGCCUGUUUGUACAGUGAUUUUUUUCCCUUUCAAUAUGUAGCCAGAUUGAUUUAUUGUUCAAAUCAACCAAGCAACUGUGAUUGUCAUUUUAUUUACAAAUCUCAGAUUGCUUGGUUGCGUCCAAUAAGACAGAAAAUCCUUGUUACCACCAUUAUACAGGACGUAGUUACAGAAUUUAUUUACUCGGAUCCAACCA